AUGACUAAAAAUGUUAUUUCAGUGAUUAGGUCAACAGCAACUGAUGUUGGAAGUAAGUUAAAUGAUUUACCUCCAGUAGCAAAUGCUACACCUGAUAUAUUAAAAGGAAUUGGAGAAGUGAGUGAAGCAUUUGCACCUUAUGUAAGUUUAAUAGGCUUAAUAGCUACUAUCACAGAUGAAACAUUAAAAAUUCUUGAAAAUGUAGAGUAUAAUAAAAAAACCUGUAAAAAUUUAAUUGACAGAAUACAAGCAGUAGAAUUUAGUGUUAAAAUAUUAAUAAGAAGGAGAGAAGAACACGAAGAAAAUUUUUGUAAUGCUGUAUACUAUAGAUCAUUUUAUCGAUUAGUUCAAAAUUUGGAAGAUAUUAAAAAUUUUGUACGCGAUGUGUCAAAACUUAAUGGAUUACGAAAAUUUACAGAUUCUAAAGCUAUCAAAAAAAAAUUUAAAGAGUUAAUCAAAGAAUAUGAUCAAGCUAUCAUUGAUUUACAUUUUACUAAAUGCGUUGCUGAUGAAGAACAACGCUAUGUUAUAGGAAGAGGUGUUGCUGACAAUAACAAAAAAAUCAAUAAGGUUCUAGAACAAAUUUCUUUAAUGAGACAAGAUUUAUUAAAUAAACUUGAUGAAAAUGCAAAUGCUAAGCAUACUGAACAGAGGAGUAAUGAUGAAGAGGGUGUUUAUGUACCAGAGAUUGUGGACAUUGAAUUAAUAGACCCUCCAAUCGAGUGUAGAGAAAGUAAGCCUUCUGGAGGAAAAGUUUUCAUGAAAUAUUGUAAGUUAGGAUAUUAUGUUGCAUGUAAAAGUGAUGCAUCUUUAGAGGGAAAGCCAAAGGGUUUUCCACGUAAUAUAGCAUUCUUAAAGAAAAUUGGUAAUGAAUCAUUUGAAAAAAUACCAUACGAAGGAUGGACUAUAGAUCGAAUAAAAAAACAUGUAACAAACAAUGGUAGAGAAAUAGUCAAUUUUAAAUCACAAAAACCUGAAGUUAAAAAGUCACAAGAUGAAUACUUGAGAAUUAUGAAAGAAGAUCCUUUUUGUAGACCAACAUUUCAAAAAAUCGUGCUCGACUUGAAUACUCUUAUUACAAUAGAAAAAACUAAAGUUGGUGAUUCGCCAUGGUUAAGGCCUCGUGAUGCAUCCGAGAUAAAACUUAAAAAAGAAUUUUCAACCAGUAACGCAGAUCAAAUUAAUCCAGAUUCAAAGUCUCCGCCAUCGUCAAUAAGAUCACCAAUUCUAUCAAAAAAGGUAAAAGGAAAAUUACCAGAAACAAAAAACCUUUCAAAAAUCGUUAAUAUACCUACAAUGCUAGAAGGUAUUUCUAAACAUAAAAAAGGUUGCAAAGAUGAAGCCUUAAAAAUCUUUAUUGAGCAUUUAACAACAUUCAUCACUCAACAUACUACCAACUAUAAAAACAAAUCUAUUUUGAAUAACGUUGAACCAACUGAAGAAGAUAUGGAUAAUAUAUCUGUUAAAUCACAAAAAUUUCACGAAUCAGGAAAUGGUUUGGUAGUGAAAUCAAAAUCUAAUAAAAAUCGUUCAAACCAAAAUAAAACAAUCACUCAAGAACACGAUAUUUCAAGCACUACUACACCUAUAAAUUAUACGGAUGAACAUCCCAGAACAAAAUCAAGGAUAAUUAAUUUAAACAAUGCAUCUUUAACAUCAUCUAAAAUAUCACCGUCACCAUUCAAAACUCACGCAUCUAAAGCAUCAAUAAUCACUUCAUCAUCAUCACCCAAAAAAGACACAUCAAAAAUAUCUUCAUCAUCACCCACAACAACAAAAACUCAAACUAAUCGAGAAAAUAAACCAUUAAGCAAAUCUAAUACAAGAUCAAGAAAGGUUCAAGCAAAAAAAUCUGAAAUCUUUAAUGAACCUGGAUAUGAUAAUGAUUUAAAUAACAAUACUUCUGAUUCAUCAACUACUCUUGACAGUAUGGAUGUUGACAAUUCAAUAGCAAUUGAGUAUAUGGUAGAAUUACGUCAGCGUACCAGGCGUGUUAUUGCUGAAUAUGAUAAACGUCAAAAGCCUGAAGUCGAAGGUAAAUCUGAAAAGAGAAAACCAUCACGUAAAUCAAGAGCUGCUGUUUCUAUGGAAGUUGAGGAAGAAGAUGAGGGACGAAAGCAUGUUACAUCCGAGUUGAAAAUUCAAAAAAAAGAAGCUCACGAUUUAGAAGAAAGACGUAGAAUUUGGAAAGAUAUAGCUCGAAAUGCAAUUCCAAAAGUUCACAAAAUUGUUCAACAAUCUAUCAAUUCAAAACUUAGUAAUUCAAGAAAAGUCUCAAACUGUAUAAGAAAAGAAGCAAUAAAAGGUGUUCAAAAGGCCUCAAAAUCUCAUAAAGACAUCCAGGCUAAAUGCAAACAAGCUACGAGACAGGCAUUGAGUUAUUGGAAGAAGCAUGAAAAAAAUGAACGUGAGGAUCGCAAAAAAGCCGAAAAGGAAGCAAUGGAGAUUUUGCGUGCUGAAGAGGAAUUGCGUGAAGCUAGAAGGCAAGCACGUAAACUUAACUUCCUUAUAACUCAAACUGAAUUGUAUAGCCAUUUUGUCGGUAAAAAGAUUGGAACUCAUUCAGCAGAUGAAACAACUGACACUACAACAGCUUCUGCAUCAGAAUCAUUUUCAAAUGUCAUCUCUACAGAUAAUCUAACAAUUGGUGAUAUUGAUAUGGACACUAUUAAUAAUGAACCAUUCGAAUCAUUCAAAGAUAUUAAUUUUGAUCAAGAAGAUGAAUCUUCGUUGAAAAAGAAGGCUUUUCUAAGUGCUCAAAAUGCUCUUGCUCAAGUUAGACAACAUACACAAAAUUUUGAUAAUAAUAGAAUAGCAAACAAAUCUACUGCUGAUAUGACUGUAUCAAAUGCAGAUCUUGAUAAUAUGAACUUCCAAAAUCCUUCUAGUAUGCCACCAAUGACUGAAAUUAAACAGCCUUUUUUACUUCAGAAUUCAGAAUCCCAGAACAUAUGGGGUCCAUUCUUAGUGAUUGCUCCUUCAUCAACUCUACACAACUGGCAACAAGAAAUUGCUAGGUUUGUUCCUAGCUUUAAGAUACUACCAUACUGGGGAAAUCCUAGCACUCGUAAAGUGUUAAGAAAAACAUUAAAUAAGAAAAAUAUCAUGUUUAACAAAGAUGCGCCUUUCCAUGUUGUCAUCACUAGUUAUCAAUUAGUAGUGCAGGACAAAUCUUAUUUUGAGAGAACGAAAUGGCAAUACAUGAUUUUAGAUGAGGCACAGGCUAUCAAAAGUAGCACAAGUGCUCGUUGGAAAGCACUCCUUGGUUUCCAAUGUCGAAAUCGUCUUUUAUUAACUGGUACUCCAAUACAAAACAGUAUGCAAGAAUUAUGGGCUUUGUUACAUUUCAUAAUGCCAACUCUUUUUGAUUCCCAUCAAGAAUUUAGUGAAUGGUUCUCUAAGGAUAUUGAAAGUCAUGCUGAAAACAAAGGAUCAUUAAAUGAAUUCCAACUUAAAAGAUUACACAUGAUUCUAAAACCAUUCAUGUUACGUCGUGUUAAGAAAACUGUCCAGAAUGAACUUGGUGAAAAGAUUGAGAAAGAGGUCUUUUGUACUUUAACCGCUAGACAAAGAAUGUUAUAUCGUGGUCUUAGAGAAAAAAUAUCUGUAUCUGAACUAUUGGAACGUGCAGCUACACUGUCUGAAAAUGAUUCUAGUGUUGAUAGCUUAAUGAACUUGGUCAUGCAAUUCAGAAAAGUUUGUAAUCAUCCUGAAUUAUUUGAACGAGCAGAUGUCACAUCUCCAUAUUCCUUUUGUGCUUAUAGCAACACUUGGAUGAUAUCUCGAGAAGGUGACAAGUUAUACCUGCCUUACUCAACAAAAAAUUUAAUAUCAUAUCAUCUUCCAAAGUUGGUUUAUCGGGACGGUGGAAUAUUAGAAGUACCUCGUGAAAAUUCAAAUGCUGGAUCUCGUAAAUUUGUUCUAGACCACUUGAUGAAUAUCUGGUCUCCUGAUUAUAUCCAUAAAUCGAUUAAUGAUUACGAAAAUGAUACAUUUGGAUUUUUAAGAUUUAUUGAUACAAGCCCAUCAGAAGCAUCUUCUAUAUUCCGUAGUAAUAUUGUUCAAAAAUGGUUAAUGCACCUUUUAAAUUAUAAAUCUAGAGGAGUGCAUAUAACAGAUGAAAAUCCUGAAAGUUAUCCAAUUGCUGCGAUUAAUAAUCGCGCAAAAUUUUUGAUUUCUGAAACGUCUUUUGCCCUUUCGUUGACAAAUGUUGAGAACUCUGAUAUUUUAACUGGAUUAACAACUAUAUUUGAACAUACUACAAAAUAUGAAAUUCAAAUGCAAAAUCCAUGCUACAUGCCAAAAGUUAUUGCUCCUCCUAUCCGAAUAGUAUGCCAUGAUAAAUGUUUUCAUAACGACCAAAACAGUAUUCUUUUUGAACCAGAAAUCAGAUCCUCGUUUACUGGCACAAUAGAAUUGUUGCCUAAAAAAGAAAGAAAAAGUAAUAUUGUUGGGAAAUAUUUAGAACAAUCAGGUGGUAAAGCUAUGAAAAAACUUAUUAUGGAUUCUGGGAAAUUAGCAACACUUGACAAACUUUUAGAAGAAUUGAAAGCUGGUGGACAUCGUGUAUUAAUCUAUUUUCAGAUGACUCGCAUGAUUGACUUGAUGGAAGAAUACCUGGCAUAUCGUCAAUACAAGUAUUUAAGACUUGAUGGUUCUUCCAAAAUAUCUGAUCGUCGUGAUAUGGUUGAAGAUUGGCAGUCAAGUACUCGAGCGGGUGGACUAGGUAUUAAUUUGACUGCUGCUGACACUGUAAUUUUCUACGAUAGUGAUUGGAAUCCUACAGUUGAUCAACAGGCUAUGGAUCGUGCACAUCGACUCGGUCAAACAAAACAAGUCACAGUAUAUAGACUUAUUACUAAAGGCACAAUCGAAGAAAGAAUAUUACAGCGUGCAAAACAAAAAGAUGAGAUCCAACGGGUAGUAAUUUCUGGUGGUGAGUUUAAACAAGUUGAUUUUAAACCACGAGAAAUUGUGUCUUUGUUACUUGAUGAUGAUGAACUCGACACCAAGUUUCGAGAACAACAAUUGAAGAGAAGGGCUGAAGAUACCACUGCUACCAAAAAGGGACGUUUGGUCAAACGCCGUAAAAAGGAAGCAGUGGGUGGCGGUGAAUCAAAUGAGGCCAUCGGGUGA